UCUUCUUGGGUCCUACCAGCGCGGAUAAGACCGACUGACUACAAGCAACAACUGCUUUGAAUUUCUGUUAUUUUCAGAUUUUAUCUAAUAUUUAAGCUAUUUAAAAAUGUCCGGCAGAGAAGGAGGCAAAAAGAAACCACUGAAGGCGCCCAAGAAACAAAACAAGGAGAUGGAUGAUGAAGACGUUGCCUUCAAGCAGAAGCAGAAGGAAGAGCAGAAGGCCAUGGAGGCCCUGAAGGCCAAAGCGUCAGGAAAAGGACCUUUAACCAGCGGCGGGAUCAAGAAGUCGGGGAAGAAGUAGACUCUGACGUCGAUGUUUAACUCCUGCUUAGUUUGUUUUUCACUGAUAAACAUGAAUCCUGCAGCGCUCAGACCCCCGUCCCUGUGCUGAGCUCUUCCAGCUCCGACUCCAGUGCAGUUAAAGACUAAUUAGCUUGAACAGUGUAGGCAGGAGCAUGCUACUCUCAAGAAGAAACCUUAUUUUCUUCCUUAUUACACCAAACAGUUUAUCAAAUGUUUUUGUAAAAAUUAAACUUGGAUUGUUACGCCUCCCGAGUGAAAAAUUAUGUUAUCAAAGAUGGGAUCUUCCCUCUAAAAUGAAUCACUAAUCAUCUCAACUGACUUUACAUCCAGUAUUUGUUGUAUUGUGAGAUGGGAGUUGUCAAUAAAGUUUGUUUUGUAAUUCUC